GAUUGGCCGUUAAUUAAUAAAACCGUAGAAGAAGAACGGCGCCCUGAUGCAAAUAUAAACAAGCAAGGUAGCAGCGACUCAACCAAAAUGUCGAUUGUUUUUGUGCCAAAGAAACUACGAGGAAAGGCAAAAAUCAACCAAGAAACCAUACAGAGGUUACUGGAUGAAAACGACCAGUUAGUCAGAUGCAUCACUGAAUACAUGCAGAAAGGACGAGCAGUUGAGUGUGUACAAUACCAACAGAUCCUGCACCGCAACCUCGUAUAUUUGGCAACUAUAGCUGAUGCCAGCCCAGACAGCAUGCCUCCCUCCUCAAAUUCUACAUCUAAUGAAACCUCAGUCUCAACACCAACUGUGAAUGGGAAUGGAGGGGCAUGAUGGUGGCAGCUUCUGUCGGUGGAGUAGGGAAUAUUGUUACUAUUAAAAGAAAAAUGUGUUUUAUAACUGUUUUUUUUCAGUAAUGUUUUUGAUAGCAGGAUCACUGGUAUUUCAGUUCAGUAAAAUGCAAUGGAAUGUCAAUAUGCUGUGGAAAAAUUCUGUGAAUUUUAAGGCAUUUCUACAUUAAAAUAUUUUCUAUUUUUGAAAGUUA